AAAAUAUUUGGAAAUAUUAAAUAUUUUGAAAUACUAUAUUAAAUAUUUGGUGUAAAGUAGUUAAAAUUGUGUUAACACAACCGCGCUGCUGGUGAAGUAAGACAGCGAGCAUUUGUGGGUAAGCAGAAGUAGCGACGUGUACGAGGGGGCGUUGGGCGUAAACAGCUGUGAACACAAUUUUUUAUGUUCAAACGGUGGACAAUUUGUGCAUUUUGUCUACAGUAAUGGUGAUAAACGAAAUUCGAUUAUUGAAGUUGACUUCACAAUAUCUGUGUUUCGGGACAAAUCUGUGUAGACUAAUUACGAAAAAAAUACUUUACUUUGAAUUACAUUGCUAACGUGUGAUUGUUAUUUGGUUACACAAAUCCAUACAAAAUAUAAAAAGUAUCUAUGUAUCCGUAUACAUGCUUAUGCCGAUUGGAAAAUAGAAUUAGCUACAUAUUACAUACUGUAGGCAUUUGUUUUCCGCACUAAUACCAAUUAAUAACAUGACUACCGCCGAUUGUAUGGAGUCACUGCUCAGCUCUAUGUCCAGUACUUUUGAUGCUGAAUGCGCUACGAGCACCGCUGAAGGUGGUUCGCUGCUCAAUCACGAUUUGGCCGAAGACAAAACGCUGAAAUGGCGUACCAUGGUGAAUAAUCGAUUCGCAUGCAAAGAUAAGGACAGAAAAGCACAAACACAUAAGCAGCACCAGGCGUCAACGACGUCGGCCAACAGCACUCAACAGGAGUGCAAACAAAGCCAAAACGGCAAUACCAACAGUAGCAACAAUAAUAACAACAGAAAAGCUAUAAAACUAGAGCAACUCGCCAAGGGCAGUGGUGACAACAAGUUUGAGGAGCUGAACAAAACAGAAAGUAAAAUAAAAUUAACGGCACAGGAUCAAGAAGAUCGUGCAUCUACAACCGAUUUUAUGGAAGAACAAAUGAAAGCUUUGUUGGCCGAUGAUGAGGACUUGCAACAGCCGACUGAGACCACAACAAGUGGCGCUGCGCUGGCGGAAAACAUGCAGUGUGUGUCGGCUGUAAGUAAAGAGGAAGCAAUCGGUAUGGAAGAUAAAGUAUCUUUGCAUGAAAGUGAAACUUCAAUUGCUGCAGGCGUCGGCCCAGAUGCAGCGCACAGAAAAAGACGCAGCAACACCAGCACUAGCAAUAGCAACUGCAGUAACUAUAACAGUAGCAGUAAUGCCAGCAUUGGCACACUCGCUCAAGGUCAAUCCGAUGACAGCUUUCAUGACGGCAUUACUGACUCAAAGCGUACAUGCCAACAAGUUGUGCCGUACACAGCGGAUGCACAUCUGGAAAGUGGUAUGACAGCUGAGUCAGCAAAUCAAAAUUUGGAAAAUUCUUUGGUGGCAGCUACCAUUAGCGCGGAUGCUGCAGAUUUAGUUAUGGUCGAAUUGGAUUCAAUUAAGCAAGAUAUUGACGAUGUAGAUGAGGAUUUGCUUGCAACAUCAUCUAGAGGUGACUCAUGUGACAUAUCGAAUGUUGAUACUAUAACAACAACAGCAAUUACAUCAACUUCAAAUAUACUGCUAACGACGGCAGCACAACAGCCGAAGGCGGAACUCACCAGCACUACCACCAGCAACAUAAAUAGCAGCACACUACUUAGCUUAGAGCAGGGAGUAGCCGGAGAGAAUGAGUGUGUGAAAACAGCCCAUAACGAUGUGGUCAACAGCGAUGCUACUGAUAAAAUUGCUACAAAUGCGCGUGCGGCCAGUGUUAGUCCGCUUCGUCGCUUACGACGUACGCGUCGAUUCUCCGAAGUUACUAAUCCACCCGAUUCUCUGCCUGCUGAGACGACAAAGUCGGUGACCAAAGUGGAAAAUGCGGAAAUUGCAGUAACCGUUGACGCAGCACAGCCAACAACGAAGCUAGAGCCGGUUCAAAACAUUAAUCUUCCUACUACAACAACUGACGCUGAUGGUCCGCCACCAGCUACAACUACUAUAGCAGCAGGUGCGCUUGAAACAGCGGCAGCGGCGGCGGCAGCUGCUGCACAAAUCCAACAACUGCAGCCGGUGAAGCGUGGGCGCGGACGUGGCAGAAAAAUUACUGUGACGAUGGAGGGCUUUGAGCAAAGUGUUGAUUUACCACCUAGAGAGGAGGAUAAACAGAUGUUGGCGACAUUGGCGGACGCUGCGACAUUAGCAACGACAAGCGCCGCGCCGCAAGAGCGCAAAACAGUUGGACGCAAACGCAAACAACCGGAUGACGUGGAAGGCACAAAUGUAGUGACGUUGCCAGUCAUCAAAAUAGAACAGGAAGAUACUACUGUAAGUGGUAAAGACGUAUCGUUGAGUCCUGGCACCGGCGCCGCAGCGAAUAACGGGGAUGGCAGUAAGCGCAUGCGGCGCAGCGUGCGGCUGGGUAACCGCAACGAUAGUAGCGCGACACCUAGCGGCAACAGCAAACAGUUGGAUGGUCCACCGCUUGAAGAAAUCAAAAUUGAACCCUCGACUUGUGUGGUAAAUCCACAACUAACACUAGUCGACCCGUUAAGCUUGACGGAAGCCCCAGGCAGUGCCGGUAAGUCGUCCAUACCAACUAUAGAAGAGCGGACGCCACCAAAGAAACGCGGGCGCAAGUCAAAACUACAUCAUCUGCAACAAAAACAACUGCAGCAACAGCAACAGUUAGAAAAAUCACAAUCUGGCGCAAGUGGCGCGAAUAGCGAGAGCAGUGAUCACACGCCGCCCGGCUCAGCAACAAAACGUGGCAGUCACCCUGCGGACGUUAUCAUACCGAAACGAUCACAGCGGCGCAUUAAGCCAACGACGAAAAUACUUGAAAAUAGCCAGCUGCGUUAUGAAUUCGAAACGACUAAUAUGGUGCGUUUGACACAGGCACAGAACUGGGAGGAUAGUGGCGGCAGCGGCGGUCAUAACGUCGAGUCGAAUGCUGCGCUGGAAACGGAGAAAGCGCAUACGGGUAACAAGCAAGUGAAGACGGAGAAGGCUGAACGCGCGGACCCCGCCGAAGAAAGAGCUACUGGCCACGGUUCAAACUUUGUCAAGAAAAAACUGUGUGGUAAAUUAUUGCGAGACAUUGAAGCAUCGCGCGCCGCAUUGCUAGCUGAAGAGCAAGCGCAGCUCGCGCGUCCACGCGUAGACGUAGAUAAGUUCUUGGGUGAAAUCAAAGCGGCGAAAUGGCAUACAAAUCGGUUGUCAGAGGAGCGCAAACUAACGAAGAAGCAGCAGCGCAAGCUAGCCAAACAGAAGGAAAAUAAUUUGCGCAAACUCGGGCUGCGCCGCAAUACUAGCGAAGAGGCCAGUGAUAUAGAGAGUCUAAGCGACAAUGAAGAGUUCGUGCCGACUACGCGCGUACAAGUGGAACGACGUAGUCAUACGCUGCGGCAACGCUCCGCCAUUAAAGAGAGCACACCAACACCAACCGCUGCGCCGGCGCAGUUAAUGCCAGUACGCGCUGCAACCGCUUCGCCGACAAGCGCAAAAGCGGGACGAAAGCCGCAAGCGCGUCAACGUAAUGCUGUUGAGAAAUCGGCAGCAGCAGCAACGACCACUAAGCCAACCGCAAAUGUAAGCGUGUGCAAACAGAAAUUACUAAAAGCGCCCUCGCUUGAAGUCAUCGAGAUAAAUGAAUCAUCACAAGAGCUACAAUCGCCCAGCAACCGCUCAGUGGGCUUGGCAGCUGCCACAGUCAGCGCGUUAAACGCAAUCGGCACUGUGGUAACCAUACCAUCACCGCCGCCACCUGCCCGAACUGCGCAGCAACGCAAUUUAAUUUGCUACUGCGAGAAGAAAACACAAUUCUACACGCGCAACACACCCGAUACGGCCUACUGUUGGGCCAUUGACAACAUCGAGGAGCAGAAGGUGGGCUGUAGCAAUCAACUGAGCGGCGAAGUGUUCAAUCUGCUGCGACCAAGUCAGCGCGUCAGCUAUAUGGUGUUGUGCGAGGACCACAAGAAGCGGCUGAGUACACACAAUUGUUGCGCCGGUUGUGGCAUAUUUUGCACGCAGGGGAAAUUUGUGCUUUGCAAGCGUCAACAUUUUUUCCACGCCGAAUGCGCCGAGAAGUUCAUACUCAGCAGCCCCAUGGAUGCGCAGCAACCGGCCAGCAACUACACUAGUCCCACAUUGGUGCUAAAGUGUCCGCACUGCGGCAUCGACACGCCGGAACGUACCUCCAUCGUCACGAUGAAAUGCCAAACAUUGCCUGUAUUCUUGCCUAGUCAAAGAGCGCCAAAGAUCAAAGCUGCGAAAAUGCCGCUACCUGUUUUGAGCGGCGCCGCGCAACCAAAUGGCCAUUCCAAUGCUGUGACUGUUAACAGCGCUGUAGGCGUAAACGUUGGUGUUGGCGCAUCAACGUCGUUUGCAGCUGCUGGCAGCGCUGCCAGCAACACUGUACCGCUACGUACGCUGCGUACGCACCAAAUCAAUUUCGAGCAGCUGAUACCCGAAUCCGUCAUGAAUGUGGUGCUGCGCGGCCGUGCGCCAAGCAAUCGCGAUGUGCGUCGUGGCGCCAGUAGCACACGCAGCUCUAUUUCGGAGUUCUCCACGCGCGACAUGUAUUACGCGGUGAAGAAUGACGAUCUCGAGCGCGUUGCUGAAAUACUCGCCUCUGAUUUCGAUGUGAAGACGCGCAUGCGCGAAUUCCUUAAUGGCACCUGCUUGCAUUUGGUGGCGCUUUCUGGCACCUUGCCGAUGGCCUUUCUGUUACUUUGCAAGGGUUAUGCCAAGGAGUUUAUAAAUAUGUUGGACCGCGAGCUGCGCACCGCGGCGAUGUGUGCGGUAUUGGGUGACAAGUGUGAUAUACUGAAUUUGUUCAUACAAUGCGGCGCUGAUUUGGCAAUAAAGGGCCUGGAUGGCAAGACCUGUCUGCACAUUGCCGCCAAGCUUGGUAAUCUGGAAGCGGCGCAAUUGAUUAUCGACAGUUAUCGCUCGUGCCGCAGCAUAUUGAAUUUUAUGGACUUCAUAAACACACAAGAUGAUGGUGGCUGGACCGCUAUGGUGUGGGCAGCAGAGUUGGGACACACGGAAAUUGUGAGUUUACUACUCAAUCACGGUGCCGAUCCGAAUAUUUGCGACAAUGACAAUAACACUGUGCUACAUUGGGCCACAUUACACAGUAAUGGCUUGGAGACGAUCACAAUGCUGCUGCAAGCUGGCACCGAUUGCAAUGUACAAAAUGUGGAGGGUGAUACACCGCUUCACAUCGCCUGCCGUCACUCCAUUACCCGCCUAUGCAUUGCGCUAAUCGCUAACGGCGCCGAUUUGAUGGUGAAGAAUAAAGCCGACGAAUUACCAUACGAUUGUAUACCGCACGAGGACUCGGAAUGUGCACGCACUGUUGGUUUCAACAUGCAAAUGCGUUCAUUCCGUCCGCUGGGUCUACGCAGUCGCAUUAUUUGCGAUGACAUAUCGAACGGACGUGAAGCGCGUCCGAUACAAGUUGUGCGUAAUGAGCAGAAAUUGUGUGGCAGUCUGAAUGGCGCUGAGCAGAAUGGUGGCAAUGAGAUGCUGAGCGCUUCUACGGCCACUGUAGUGCAUGACGAGUCCGAUGAGAUUAUGUUGCCCGAUCUGAAGUAUAUCAAAAAGUCCAUAAUUCUGCAAAAUUGCACGCCAAUCGAUUAUCGUGUGGCGCAAAUGCGCAUCUGCUCGUGUAUGGAUGGCUGCAUUUCAUCGCAGUGCCAAUGCAGUGAGGCAUCUGGUCAAAAUUGGUACACGACGGAAGGCCGUUUGAGCGCCGAUUUCAAUUUCGAAGAUCCAGUGCCCAUAUUCGAAUGUAAUGAUGUCUGCGGUUGUAAUAAGUUUUAG